AUGGAAGAAGCUGACAAGAGGGCAGAAGAGCUCCGAACUCAAAUCGCCGAGUGCGAAGCAACUCUUCAGUCACUCAAGGCGCAGUUGGCUGCAGCAGAAGCUGCCAAGACCCCGCCCUGUAGCGACAGCCCGAAGACGGACAGGGGGAGCAGUAGCAGUACCUGGAAAUGGCCCCUGGCCGAGGCAGAGUAUGAGCGCUACGGAAGACAGCUGAUACUGCCAUCCGUCGGCAUCCAAGGCCAGCUCAGACUGAAAGCAGCCUCAGUCCUCGUCGUCGGUGCCGGUGGUCUCGGGUGUCCCGCCUCAGCAUACCUCGCAGGCGCAGGCGUGGGCACCAUCGGCCUCGUAGAUGGCGACACGGUCGAAGCAUCCAACCUUCACCGACAGGUCGCCCACGGCACUUCCAGGGUAGGCACGUUGAAGGUCGACAGCGCCAUCAGCUACCUCAGAGAGCUCAACCCGCUGGUCAAAUACAACGCGCACCGAGCCCACCUGACUCCGCAGAACGCCGAGUCCGUCGUCUCGGGCUACGACCUGGUCCUCGACUGCACGGACCAUCCCACCUCGCGCUACCUCAUCUCGGAUAUCUGCGUGCUCCUCCACAAGCCCUUGGUCUCGGCUUCUGCGCUCCGCACCGACGGUCAGCUGAUCGUGCUCAACGCCCCCGCUGCGCCGCAGGCUGACUCGUCUGGCGGGCCCUGCUACCGCUGCGUUUUUCCAAAGCCGCCACCGCCCGACGCCGUGACCAGCUGUGGGGAGGGCGGGAUCCUGGGCCCGGUCGUCGGCGUCAUGGGCGUGCUGCAGGCGCUCGAGGGUAUCAGGCUACUGGCAGCUGGUCGGCAUCUUCCUCCGUCGCCGGAGCAGCCACAACAACAACAGCAGCAAACCGCCAUUCCGCCAUCGCUGCUGCUGUUUUCCGCACCCCCUGACGGCAGUCCUGCAGGUUUCAGAAGCGUAAGGAUGCGUGGUCGGCGCAAAGAUUGUUUCGCCUGUGGGGAGAAGUCGAUACUGUCUCUUCAGACGCUGCGGGAGGGGGGAUUGAACUAUGUCCAGUUUUGUGGCGGACCAAGACAGCCCGUGGCGCUCCUGAAGCCGGAAGAACGUGUCUCUGCUGAGCAACUCCAUGCUCUAUUGCAGCAGCAGGAUGGGGAGCAUGGGAAGCCCAUGCUACUGGAUGUGCGGGAGAAAGAGCAUUUUGACAUUGCAAAUAUCCCGGGGGCAAUCAACAUACCGUUUUCGAAAACACAGGGCCCGGGAGCUUGUAACAACACCAAAGACAACACCAAACUUGACUGGUUGCCAGACGUUGUUGCCGACAGCCACUCACCGGUGUACGUGGUCUGCCGGGUUGGGAACGAUUCGCAGACCGUGGCCAGGCAGCUCAAAGAUUCAGGGCUUGACAAACAAGGAAAACGUUUCGUUGGUGACGUCAAGGGUGGCAUGCUGGCGUGGAAAAGAGAGGUCGACAGUACACUGCCGUUCAUGUAA